UGUCAGUGCUAAAACCUAACACGCGCCCGUUGUUCCAUGGUAUUGCGUUCAACGGGAGUUAUCGAGGAAGAAACAGCGGUUCAUACUUUUGAUAUUUCAUACAGUGCCUAUUCUGCAUUCGUGGCAUUAAUUAGCAACAGGAAUUUUCCUCGACGUAUUAACGAAGAAGCUCUAACUCCGCCAUGUCGCUCGAUGAGGAAUUUAAUAAAGCUGCAGAAGAUGUAAAAGAACUUGCGACUCAGCCAAGCGAUGCUGAUCUCUUGGAGAUCUAUUCACUGUUCAAGCAAGCGACUGUCGGUGACUGCAAUACCGAGCGUCCAGGAAUGUUUGACUUCAAGGGAAAAGCAAAGUGGGAUGCAUGGGAUUCCAAAAAAGGAACCUGCCAGGAAACUGCAAAAAAAGCUUAUAUAGAAAAAGUUAAAGCACUGGUGGAAUCGAUUGGCAAAAAAUAAUUUUUGACGGACAUUGCUAUUUUAGAACUCGAAUCCUUCGCUUGCUAUCCUAGCAUCGGAUGACGAAUGGCCUAUGAAACGAUAAAGUUACUGCUAUUUCAGGAAUUGAGAUUGGAGCACGCACCAUUGAAAUCUCUUCGUUACAACAGUUUUAUUUCUGGGUAGAGAAACCCAAAACAACGAACUAUUCAGCAAAACAUCUUUUCAAAAAGAACAAAACAAAUGAGCCUAAAACGCACAUGGAUUUCAUGUCAAUUGUUGUUUUUUAUACACGUAAUUACAGAUUUAUGCAUUUCCGUUGAAUUCAGUUGAUAUUAUAUUCCACACUAUUAUUGUAUAGUCGUUAUACUCAAAUUUAUUUCGUAUUACUUAUGUCUGCAAUGUACGAAAUAAAACGUUGAUUUGUUUAAUAAUUUUUUUCCAGUUUAA